UAUCCACCCAAGCUACCCACUGAAGCUGACCUACCCCUAAAGAACGCGGGGACUGUGAGGCGUUAGACCCUUCGCUAACGUGACAGCUGGCCUCAGAGAAAGUGCCGUCGGCAACCGACGUCUGAUCAAUAGGGAGAGGACGUUUCAUCCCCCUUCCCUUCCUGCAGUUAUUCAUCAGCCAGCCAGAUUUUUUCCUUCUUUCUAUUGUCCCUUCAAUCAUUGAAGCAAGACAUAGCAUGCAAAGAACAUGAAGUUCUCUGCACUUUCACUAGGCCUGUUGGCCUUUCUUUCGCCACUCACCGCAGCGUGGUCCGCAGAAGAUCGUGAAAUCUUCCGCGUCCGCGACGAGCUCAUCGCUGGCGAGGGCAAGGAUGUCAACUUUUACGACUACGUCGGCGUGGCCCAGUCCGCAUCCGUUGACGAGAUCGGCAAGGCCUACCGCAAAAAGUCUCGUCUUUUGCACCCGGACAAGGUCAAGCAACAGCUGACCGCCGAGCGCACGCGCCAGGCGAAGGAAGACAAGUCCAAGAAGCCCAAGCCUCCUACCCAGGCCGAGGUUCGGGCAGCGGUGAAGAAGGCCUCGGAUCGCCAGGCUCGCCUCUCCAUCGUGGCCAAUAUCCUCAAGAGCCCAUCUCGCGACCGUUACGAUCAUUUCCUCAGCAAUGGCUUCCCGACUUGGAAGGGUACCAAUUAUUACUACAAUCGCUACCGGCCCGGCCUGGGAACUGCAAUGUUCGGCGUGUUUCUCUUCGGCGGCGGACUGGCGCACUAUCUGGCGCUUUACAUGAGCUGGAAGCGCCAGCGCGAUUUUGUCGGCCGCUACAUCAAGUUUGCUCGUCAGACCGCCUGGGGUGACAACCUGAACAUUCCAGGCGUCGAGACCCGUGCCCGCACGCCCCCGCCCCCGGUCGCUGCUGACGACGACGAGGGAGCCGGCCCCGCCAUGGCUAUGAACCGCAAGCAGCGUCGCAUGCAAGAGCGCGAGACCCGCCGCGAGGCGUCCAAAGGUGCCGUCUCUAGGACGGCUCGUCGUGCCCGCAGCAGUGCUGCUCCCAGCGGUAGCGCUACCCCAACGCCACAGGGCUCGGGCCCUACCGGUGCAAAGAAGCGUGUCGUCGCCGAAAACGGUAAAGUCCUUGUCGUCGAUUCCCUCGGUGAUGUAUACCUCGAGGAGGAAAACGAGGAAGGACAGGUUGUCGAAUACCUGCUUGACCCGAAUGAAAUCCCCCAGCCUACCAUCCGCGAUACUGCACUUGUCCGCCUUCCCGUCUGGGCUUACAGCCGAACGAUUGGUCGUGUACUUGGUAGCAAGGAUUCCGUCGAUGAGGUUGCAUAUGACGAAGACGCCGAGACGACCCCGCUGAUGGACGAUAACGAGGACUCUGCCUCGGAGCCUGGAAAGCGCACUCCCAGCACAGAUUCAGCCGAGGACUUUGAGUUAGUAGAGAAGUCUGUUGACUCUCUAGGCCAGGCCAAGUCAAGUGGCAAAUCGAGUGGUAACAAGCCCGGCAAGCGCAAGAACAAGAAGAGGUAGACCAUCCGGAUUAUACGUGUGCUACCAACUGGAGUAAUUUGAUGGGGUGGCAUGAAAGUAUAAAAGAGUCAAUUGCUCUGUCUUUCCUUGGCCAAGGUAUAUCGCCCCCGUUGAGUUUCUACCCACAUACAUUCAUGUAUCUGUGGUGCACAAUUUUAUUUUCGUGUAUUUUUUGGAUGGUCAGGCUUUUUUUCCGGCGACCAACAAGAACGGACCUCUUCUCUCCUUGGUCUGAAAUUCUAUAAUCUCUGGUAAAUGGGUGGGGAGUUAUUAUAACGUCACAAAACAAUCAUAGAACUAUCUACAUCUUGAAUUCAUGAAUCCUCAUGCACUCCUUGUCCCCUGUUGUCAGAAUUGUCAGUUCUCCUCUACCUGUUAUUGUUCCAUAUCUGGCUAUGGAUGACGGUUAGCGGUCACAUUAG